AUGUUUAUUGAAAGUUUACAGAGACCUUUAGAAAAAGAUGACAAUUGCAUUAAACUGUUUUCAAGAAAUGAGCAAGUUGAUGAUUACAAUAGGCAGUGUAUAGUGGAUUUUCCCGGUGAGUUAUAUGAAUACAAAUCAACUGAUGAAGGGGAUCGCAAAUUCUUAAACAAAAUACUUGCACCGCAAACUCUUUGGCUUAAGAAAGGGGCACCUGUCAUGUUGCUACGUAAUCUUUCUGACAAGUUAGUGAAUGGUCUACGGGGAACAGUCGUUGAUAUCACUGAAAGUGGUCCAGUUGUGGAAUUCCCAUCAUUGAAUAUGAAAAUGCCAAUGGAGAAAAUCACAUUUUCAGUUUUCAGUCCUCCCAUGAAUACUGAUGUUGCUGUUAGAGUUCAGUAUCCAAUCAAGCUCAGUUUUGCCAUGAGUAUACACAAAUCACAGGGCCUAACACUUGACUGUCUGGAAGUUGAUUGUCGUCACAUAUUUAAGCCAGGACAACUUGGCGUUGCACUUGGAAGAGCUCGAGAAACCAGGGGCUUAAGAGUUAUCCACUUCAACCCUCAACUAAGUGUAAUUCAACAACCACAAGUUGUAAGACAGUUCCUGAGUGAGUCCUCUAUGGAACCAGUGGAAGACAUUAGUUGUUGCAGAUCAAAUAUAAAUAGAGAGCAACAGUUGACAGACACAGAUCUCGCACUAUUUACUGUAGAGGAUUUAAUGGCCUUAGAUUCUAUGCAGGCUGACACGGAGUUAUAUGAUCAGCAACCAACAAUAGAAGAAUUUGACAGUGAAUUUGAUGAAAUUAUUUCAUUAAUAACAGAAUUACAAAAUGAGUCAGUCAAUCUUCCUACUGAUUUAAAUAUGGAAACAAUUCUGAAUAAUAUUGAAUGUAAAACUGUGAAAACACCAAUGCAGUACAAUAGUAACAAGAUACUGAAAGAGAUAGACCAACAUAAAUACAUCCAGUUCUGCAAGAAUGAAUAUUGUAAAUUGUCAUCUUUCAUUGAAGAUUUAAAGAUUAACCCGGCAGAACCUGUGUCAGCAAAAAAUCUCUCUGAAUUUUACAGCAAAGUACAUAAUUACCAAAUCAGUGCUGAAUUCAGAAUGAACUGUUUAAUGCUUUUUGAAAACAGAAGCUUUGGUGAAGAUCAUCUGCAUAUCUGUUUCAAUAUUGCAAAUGAAAUAAGAAAGUAUUUGUUGAAGUAG